AUGCGGGAGCUGUCGCGGAGUUUGCAAUCCGUAGUGAGGAACGAAACUGAUAGCUCGUUGCUAGGGCCGUUGCUAAGGUGGCUGAUAGAAGACUACAGUCCAACCGCCCGGCUCAUGUUGGGUAGAAAAGCGGUAGGUAAAUACUCAUACUCUAUUUAUAGGUGGGACCACACCCUUAGAGGACACCAACUCAGCGGUAGCGUUAAGCGGUACAUGACUAGUGCCAGUUGGAAGACAUAG